AUGGCGUCCGCAGAGGAAUUCCUCAAUUCUGGAAAGGAGGUCGGUGUCGAGACCUGGAGAAUUGAAGACUUCAAACCUGUCAAGCAAGGACCCACUGCUUUUGGAAAGUUUUAUACUGGUGACUCCUACAUAAUCCUGAACACCAAGCAAGCUGGUGGUGGCAAGGUGUCCCACGACAUCCACUUCUGGCAGGGCAAGGAGUCCUCGCAGGAUGACACUGGAGCCUCUGCCAUUUUGGCGGAGCAGCUGGAUGCUGCUAUGGGCGGUAAGCCCAAGGAGUUCAGGGAAGUCCAGGGCUCAGAGUCCCCAGAAUUCCUGCAGAUAUUCAAGGGAGGCGUGAAGUACUUGGCAGGAGGCGCAGCAAGUGGCUUCCACCACCACGAAGACGCUCCCCACAAGGCAGCCCUCUUCCACGCCAAGGGGGUGCGAGUCACAGAGGUGCCCCUGGGAGGGGCCUCUCUGAACAGCGGGGACGUGUUCAUUCUGGACAAUGGCGCCAAGAUCUUUGUGUGGACGGGCGCAUCCGCGUCACCCCUGGAGAAGAACAAGGCGCUCACGCACACCAUUGCCCUGCGCGAUGACAAGGACCACCAGGGCAAAUCGCAGGUGAUUCACCUGGAAGAGGGAGAUGUGGAGGGAGAGGAUGCCACUGACUUCUUUGCUGCGUUGGGAGCCUCAGACCCCAAGGGUAUCACUUUUGCAACGGCGUGA